AUGGCUACUUCACUGCCGGCAGGCCUCAUGAGGGGGACUAAAUUGCCACUGGUUAUCAAUCCUCUGGGCGCUAGAUACGGGACAUUUUGGAAUGCAAGGUACAAGUCGACCCUAUCUAUCCCAGCGUCGAAGGCGUCGAAGGAUGGUCCGCAACUUCCACCCCAUUCACUGCUCCCGAAUAAGAUGCUGCUACGAUCGUUGAUGGUGGCUACCGUCUCAUCCCACCCGUGGCUUUUAUCGGCCGCCCUCAGGGUGCUUUCAACGUUGGUCCACCCCAAAUUAUCCGUGCUAGAUGUGAACAAGAAUCCUUUGUUACGCCGAUUUAUAAAAACGACAUUUUACAAUCACUUUUGUGCUGGGGAGAAUGGCGCCGAAGUCAAGUCGACUAUUGGGAAUAUCAAGAACAUGGGUUUCAAGGGAGUCAUUCUGACAUAUGCUCGUGAGAUUGUUGUUGAUGCUUCGAAUCAAUCGCCAAGCUCUCCUGAGUCUGCGAAAGAGGCAUCCAAUGUCCCAGAUCCAAAGGAAACUUCCAAGAAUGCUGACAUAGAGGCUUGGAGAGAUGGCGUGCUGGAAACCGUCAGAAUGGUCGGCGAGGGAGAUAUUUUGGCUUUGAAACUCACCGGUGCUGGGCAGCCUGCAAUGCAAGCACUUUCGGCUGGCCAACCCUUACCUGCCCAGAUGGUGACCGCGCUGAGAGAAAUAUGCGACCGAGCAGUGGAGCAAAAGGCUCGCAUCUUCAUAGACGCAGAGCAGCAAUCGGUUCAGGCUGGUAUCGAUGCUAUCGCAUUGGAUCUGAUGCGUCAAUACAACCAGGGACCAGCCGUUGUUUUCAACACAUACCAGGCCUACCUCAAAUCUACGCCUACCAAUCUCCUCGGUCAUGUUGAACUUGCCGAAAAAGAAAGAUUCACGCUUGGUAUCAAGCUUGUCCGCGGAGCCUAUAUUAGCUCCGAGCCUCGGGGCCUAAUCAACGACACCAAGGCGGAUACCGACGAUUCAUUUAACACCACUGCGGAGGGCAUAAUCCGUUGCCAGUUCGGAACAUUCGGAAGCGAAAAAAGGCCUUUCCCACCGGUUGAGUUAUUCAUUGCAACACACAAUAACGAAAGUGCAAUGAAGGCAGAUGCGUUGAUUACGGAGCAGCUUUCGGCUGGAAAGACGCCCCCAAAGGUGCAAUAUGGUCAGCUCCUAGGCAUGGCCGAUGGAGUGAGCUGUCGACUCCUGCAGCUUGGUAUGGAGGACAACACGCGGCAGGAGCCACCUGAAGUUUUCAAGUGUCUCAGCUGGGGUACCAUUGGAGAUUGUCUGUCCUACCUUAUGCGGCGGGCGGUGGAAAACAGAGAUGCGGUGGGAAGAACCAAGGAGGAAUCCCUUCAACUCAGGCAAGAGGUAUUCAGGCGGAUAAAAAGGCUAUUUUGGUAG